GUUGUUUGCAAACACUGCUGGAGGGGAUUUCACCCCACAUGUGAUCACAGUUCAUACUGGGGAGGAUGUUGCAGGAAAAAUUCUCUCCCUUUCGCAGAAAGGUCCUCGAGGAAUUUGCAUUCUCUCUGCUAAUGGAGCAGUUUCUAAUGUUACUCUUCGCCAACCCGGUUCUUCUGGUGGUAUCUUGACUUAUGAGGGUCGCUUUGAGAUAUUGUCCUUGACAGGAUCAUUUACAGUGACUGACAAUUGUGGUGUAAAAAGUAGAACAGGCGGCUUGAGUGUUUCAUUGGCUGGACCUGAUGGUCGUGUAAUUGGUGGUGGACUUGCUGGUAUAUUGGUGGCUGCUAGCCCUAUCCAAAUUGUUGUGGGAAGCUUCAUGCCAAAUGGAUACAAGGUGCAUAAAAGAAAGCAUCACCGUGAACCCACCAUGUCUUCUGCUGUUCAAGGUAUUCCAUUUACAAUCACAGCCGCACAACCAAUCUCACAAGCAAAACCUGAUAGUGAGAAUGCAUAUAUUGCCCCUACAUCUCCACCAUUGGGACAAAGCUGCGGUGAACCAGACUCUAAUAUCAUCACAAAUAAUCAACGAAUGCCAAACCUGAUGUCUUCCCAUGCUGCUGUUUGGAAUGGCUCAGAGACCACAUCGAUUCAGAGACCAUCUCCUGAUAUUAAUGUGUCUCUGCCGAGUGAAUAGAACGUCGAAGCCCCAAGGUUGUACCUUAGAGACUUGAAGGUUGACAUGAUAGGCUCACCGAAAGUAGAUUCUCCCAAACUCUUGGUUGUAGCAACUACCUUAUUAACAAACAAUAUGCUCUAUAAUUCCAGUCUUAUUGCUGGAAAUUGAACUGGAAACCCUUUUAUUUUUCUUGAAUUUUUCAGUUAGGAUGUAAGCAAGCUAGUUUGUCUAGGGCCUUGUUAUGUAGAAGUGCUGAUGAUCAACUUUUCCUAAACUAGACGUAAUCAUAAUUUAUUUGA